UGCCGCUUCCCCUUGAUACCCCACCAAAGCAGUGGUCCAGCAAACAGAAUAAAGUGAGGAUUCAAAAGAACCCAGGAACUUCCUUUAUCUGUACAGCCUGCUAAUGGUUCCUCCUUUAGACCGACCCUGUGCCCAAAGCCUCAGCAAGGAAGAUGAGGGGGCAUGCAGCCACACAGGUGUCCCUGUUUGCUCUUGGUGAGUGAGACCAUUUAUCUGCCCAAGCCCUGGCCAACCUAGGGCUCUCCAGAUGUUUUAGACUACAAAUCCCAUCAGCCCCAGCCAGGCGCUGACUGGGGCUGAUGGGAAUGCUGGCUAGGGCUGAUCUACACAUUUCCUUACUCCAUGAACCUACAGUUUAGAGACAGGGCCACAGAAUCCUUCAGUCAACAUCGUCCCCUGUGGCCAAGGAUGCUCCGGGUCUUUAAAAAAACCAGCGCCGGCAUUCAAAGCACAGCAGCUCAAGUUGUGGGAUCUAUGCCUUGCAACCUUGAUACACAUUAUAGAGGCUUAAGCCAAGGCUCACUCCUUUGCCUCUUUUGUUUGGUCUGCGCAGUACUCUCAAAAUGGCUCCUCGCUGCAGCAGACACACAGAUACAAGAGCCAUCGCUAGCUGGAAUGCCACUCUCAGAUGCCGAAUAUGAGCACUUCUUUAGCAUCCUUCGUAGCCCUCGUCGAAUCCGUGCUGUUUGCUUCUUAAGAGCCAUGUAUGGCUGCCAGAAUUCCUUGAUCCGGGCACUGGACCAGUACGAAAACCAUGGAGUCGUUCCUGAAGGUAAACAAUAAGAAUGACAGGGUUGUCUCAGCUUUUCUGUAAACUGAUUGGGACUAGCCUUGAGGAAACCCCAGCUCUUAGAUCGUAACAGAACUCCUGGCAAGACUUCAGCUCCUCUGAAACCUUCACUAAAAUAACUUUUGCCAAACCUAACUGGCAGUCUUCUUUUGGAUGUGUUUAAAAUCAAAUAUGGGAGGAACCACACUUGCAUCAGUGCCUACUGCAGAGAUAGCCAAUAUGGAGCCCUACAGAUUGUUGCAUACCCUCCAACAUUUCUCCGAUGAAAAUAGGAACAACUACUUCUUCUUCUUCUUCUUCUUCUUCUUCUUCUUCUUCUUCUUCUUAGUAUUAUUAUACCCCACCCAGCCAACAUAUAUAAAACAUAUAUGUUGCCCCAGCCAACAUAUAUAAAAACAUAAUUAAACAUUAAACAUUUAAAAAAACCUUCCCUAUACAGGGCUGCCUUCAGAUGUCUUCUAAAGAUUAUACAGUUACUUAUCUCCUUGGCUCGGGAGUCCCAUAACUCUGUACCUGGCAACAUUAAAUUUUGGAUAAAUUAAAAUGAUGGGGCAACCAUCACCUGCUCUUCUCUAACUCUCAGCCUCUCUCUCCUAGGGCGGGUGUGCUCUGACUUGGAAGAACAUUCAACUUUCCCAGAUUUUUGUAACCUUGCUUUUUAUCGCUGCGCCUUGAGGAAGUACUAUGUGAAGGUGAGGGAAAGAGGCGAGCCUGGGAAAUCUAUUAGGAAGAAAGGAUAGCCCAAGAAAACAAGGAGCUAUGGCAGAGGUAGAUAAAAAAGAAGGGGAGAGCCUUUCAAGGAAAGUAGGUUUGAUCCCACUAUAACUUAGGUCUCACUGGAUACACCAUUCAUUCGCUCUGCACAUAACACUUAACCAUAGUUAGAAACCAUGGUUUAAUUGGAUUGUCUGAACCAGACUUGGGGGCUUCACCAAGGUUUGUUAACCAUGAACAAACCAUGCUCAUAAGUCAUGGUCUGCUCUUGGUUAUCAAUCUUGCUAUAUGUGAACAAUGGCUGCCAGCCAGUUUGUGGACAGUACUGAGCUGGCGGAACAGUGGUCUGACUCAGUAUGAGUCAUGUUCUACCUUUAAAACACCUUUUCCCCUCAGAGAAUUCUGGGCACUGGGCUUUGUUAACAGUUGCUGGGAAUCAUAAAUACGUGAGAGUUAAAAUACAGAGCACAGAAUCAUUUGAGGGAAAGGAAGCACUUUUAAGGUGUCAUGUUUACACAGCUUAAGGCAGCUUUGUCUGUUCCUAGGCCUUGUGCUCCCUAAAGUAGUUGGCUCCCCUCAGCUGUGGUGGAGGAUGUGACCCCAUCUCUACUGUUGUUGUUAAGGUGUAAGGUGAGCUUCUGUAUGUGGAGUGAGAAGGGUGCCAUCUCUGCCCCAGGCCUUGAGAGGAAGGGGUGGUGGUGAUUGAAAAAAGGAUGUUUAGUUUUUAUGUGGGUCAGUUCAAUCUGUUUCUGAAAGCUUCAGAUGUGAGGUUUUCCCUUUUGGCCUAACCCUUGGGGAAGGGAUGCAGCUCUGCAGUAGAACACAAGUCUUGCAUUCAGUAGGUCCCAGGCUCAACCCCCCAUGUCUCCAGGAAAACUACUGCCAGUCAGUGUAGACUGUACACUGGUUCUGACUCAGUAUAAAGCAUCUUCCUAGAGAAAUAAGGAGAAGUCCCGAUGUCUGGCUGUAUGCAACACCAGACAUUUAAAGCACAAAGCUCCUCACCCCCAAGAAUCCUGGGAACUGUAGUUUCUUAAGGGUGCUCUGUGAGGGGAGAACUAGAGCUCCCAACAAAUUUGCUUAAAAUGUAUGGGGUAUACGCAGCCUCAUUCAAAAGAAAGGCAGAGAACUGAUAGCUUUGAUGAGCUGCAGCACCCCAGAGAAAGAUUUUUGUUUCCGUUUUGCAUGCUGAUUUUAUUUUUCUAUUUAGAGGGUUCCGUGCCCAGGUGACAGGAACAAAGCAAGGACAUUUUUACAUAUCAUCAGCCCCCCAACGGAACCUGAUGAGAUUGUGCAAUCAUCUAUAGAAGAAGCUUUGACUAACCUGCUCAGGGCCUCUCCUGCAGCUUCCAUGACCACCCCAGAGUUGUUUCCUGAGCUUCUCGCAGCCGUGUCGCCCUCUACGACAGAUGCUGCUAAGUUCUUUUCUGAGCUUCUCCGCGCCCCUGCUGCUCUGGCUGCCACAGAGUUGGCUCCUGAGCUUCUCGCUGUCACUUCUAACAAAGCUACUACAGAGCCCUUGCCUGACAUUUUAGAAGAGCUUUCCCAUGUGUCCUCUACAACCACCAUUGCAACUAAAUCCCCAUUGGAACUUAUCAAAGAGUCUUCUCUCAAGAACCUCGCCCAAAGUAUUGCCACCAUCACAUCAGAAUCUUUGCUGGAGCCUCUUGUCACUACCCCUGACCCAACCACUGCAAAGUCCUUUACCGAGCCCCCCAUGGCCACACCCACCUCUGCCACAGGGACCACUCCUGCAUUUCUCACCACGACUGAUGCUGUUGCCACUGCAGAGUCCAUUUCCAAUAUGACUUCUGCCCCAACCACUACAGAGCUCUCACCUGGAGUGCCUUCAGGGUCUUCUCCUGAGCCUCCUGUAUCCACUGCUACCUCAACUGCUGCAGAACCCUCACCUCAGCUCUUCAGCCCCUCUCCUCCAGUCUCAGCCAGUGGGAGUUUUCCUGAACCUCUCACCACCACUGUGGCAACGUCCACAGAGUCCUUUCUUCAGUACAACUCUACCUCUGCUGCCAUGGAACUUCAAGAAUUUGUUGAUGAGCUUUCCACCUCCACCUCCUCCACCUCCCUCACCCCUUCCCCCACCUCCACCCCCUCCCCCACCUCCUCCACCUUCCUUCCCCCUUCCCCCACCUCCACCUCCCCCUCCUCCCCCUCCCUCACCCCUUCCCCUUCCCCCACCUCCUCCACCUCCCUUACCCCUUCCCCCACCUCCACCCCUUCCUCCACCUCCUCCCCCUCCCUCACCCCUUCCCCUUCCCCUUCCCCCACCUCCACCUCCACCCCCUCCCUCACCCCUUCCCCUUCCCCCACCUCCACCUCCACCCCCUCCUCCACCUCCCCCUCCUCCCCCUCCCUCACCCCUUCCGCUUCCCCCACCUCCACCCCCUCCUCCACCUCCACCCCCACCCCCACCUCCAUUACUACUCACUCUGCCUCAAACGCUACUGAAUCUCCCCCUACACUGGACACCACCACUGAACUCUCCACCUUCACAGAAUCUUCUCCUGAUCUUGCCACCACAGGAUCUGAACCCACGACUGCAGCAUCCUUUCCCAUGAGCCCUUCCGCCACAAAAAGUAAUAUAACCACUGAUGCUCCCCACAAUACUAGCAUUGCCACAACUGCAGAGCUCUCUUCUGAGCCUCCUAACAGCACAGUCACCACUGCUGCGGAAAGUUCUGCCACACACCCCACUACUACUACCACUGCCAAAUCCACAACUACCUCUGCCAAAGCUCUGUGCAUCUGUGUCUCCGAAUCUCCCACCCUGCCCAAAGAGGCCACCACCACCAAAGCGCCCACGGCGACCACGUCCUCCACAAUCACGACUUCUCCCCAACCGCUUGUCUCAACGCCCUCUGUUGCCCAGAAAGAGACUCCCCAGUCCAACUCGAGUAAGCCCACUGUCAUCACAUCGACUUCCACGGAGCAGCAGAAAGCUAAGCCUGAGGAUGUAGUUGGGGCCUCAACUCUGCUGACGACUGCAACAAGCCCCAUUGUUGUCAUGCAGCAGGAGGAUAUCCCCAAGCCCCAAGAGUACCUUCAACCUACUGCCAGCUUGGCGGAACUCUUCUUCCGAGUACAGGAUAGGAAAGUGCAGCAGUUGAUGCAAGCAAUGCGGGAUCUGCUGACCAAAAGGAGACAAGAGCAGCAGCAGCAGCAAAAACAGCUGCGGCCUACAUCUUCACAACCGCUGAAGACACCGACUCAUGCCAGCAGGCAGAAGACGACUAAGCAGUCGCCAAAGCUAAAGGACAGACUUCAAAGAUGA